CAACGAACGUAAUGUGUAAAUCAAAUAUAGUAAUUGUUAGAAAUAUUAUUUUGUAAGCACAAAAUUGAAUACACAAUUGAACAGGGAGCGUAUUUGAAAGAACUUCCGCAAAAUGCCGCCAAAAGCUAAAAAGGCGGCGAAAGGGAAGGGAAAGUCCACGGAGCUGAACAAAUUGACACAGGUGGAUCGCACCUUCUAUGAGCUGCAGAUAACCGAUUUGAACCAGAAGCUAGCCCGCCUGCGAUCCCAUUUGGCCAGCUUGGAUGAGUCAAAUGUCAUUCUAACGUCCAAGCUGCAGGAUGUUGACCAUGACCGAACCGAUGUGGCCGCCCAUUUGGAGCGCACGCUGGCGGAGCGCAACAAUUCCAUAACCGAGCUAGAGGAACGACUCGUGGAGGUGUCAAAGGUACGCGACGAGGAGAACCGAGCGGCUCAGGAGAAAAUUGCCGAUCUGGAGGGCAAAUAUAAGGCGAUGCAUGACCAGCUUACCUCGGAAAUAAAGCUGCUCAAUGGCAAGCUGAACUCCUUGGAUGAAUUUCGCACACAGCGCGAUAUACUCCUUGCCAAGUUUGAUGAUCAGGACGUCGAGAUCAGAGAAAAGGAAAAAUCACACAAGGAGGCGCUCUAUAACAUGGAACAGGCCGCUGUUGUGGAGAAGGAUGCGCUAAAGAAGGAGGUCGAGGCCAAGCUGCUUCAGGUAUCCGAAGACUUUACCCGCUCCAGUGAGAUUCGCAAUGCCGGCUACACACGCCGACUAAUACGCGAGAACAUUGCCCUCCAGAAGGAGAUCGAUCUGCUGGUGAUGUCCCAGAUCAAACUCCAGCAGCAGUACAAUAACCAAAAGGAGAAGCACAAGGAAAUCAUGGAGCAGUACAGCGCCCUGGACCAGAUCAAAAACGAACUGGUACGCAAUUCCAUCAACAAGAUCAAAAUCAUCGAGAGCCUGACCAACAACUAUGAGAGGCUCAAGUGCAAGUACGUCGAGGCGCUGCAGUACCGCCGGGCCUAUGAGGAGCAGCAGGAGGCCGAUAAGCUCGUGGAUGCCAAGAACAAGGAUGCCGGCGCUAAAAUCAAAUCCCUGUGCAGGCGCGUAGAGAACAUGACGUUGGAGAAGCGUCAUCUAGAGGCGGUGCAUGACCAGCAUGAGGGCGAGAUAUUACGUCUGCGUGGCAUUAUACAGGAGAUCAAGGUGACUGUGCGCGACGCCAUCGUUAGCCAGCAGUGCAUCAAGCUGUUCCCGGAGCGACUGGAGGAGGCCAACGUCGACGAGCCCAGUGUCAUCGACGAGGUCAGGGAGGAAACGGUUGCUAUGAACAAACUGGCGCGCAUCGAUCUGCUGUCCACGCUGAUGAACAUCGUCAGCUCCCACUCCGCCGAGCUGCCACGUACGCCGUCCGUGGAGACAAUCAGUACCGUCACCUCGUCCUUGUAUACACCGGGCAAAAUGGGCUUUAUGCCACACAAGCCCAGGCCGGCUGUCUGCGAUCUAUUCGAGACGGAGGUGGUCCAACAUUUACCCGAUCUGCAGGUGCAGCUCCCAGACUGUCUGCUAAAGGGUCAGGUCAAGGAUAAGGGUGCCGAGAAAGUCGACGAUCGCCUAUGUAUAAUUGAUGUCGAAUUCGGCACCACCCUGUACGUGUCUUCGUCGCGUGAGGAUGAUGCCAUUGAGAUGGAGGAAGAACCACUCGAGGAGCCCGAAGGUUCCAGCAGCUCCGUCUCUGUGAAGAAGGCCAGCAGCGAGGGCAGCGCCCCGCCGCCUGGCCCCAUACCUUUGGCCAAACCAGUACCCGAGGAAGUCGUCAAAUUGCCCGAAACCAAGUCCGUCCAGAGCAUGACAGCCACUGAGGUCAUGUCCGGGACUGUCGAGACUGAGGAAAUAGAUGAGGAGGAUGAGUUUGAGAUCAACCUGUUCUACUAAACACAACAGCAUGCUAUUAAUAAUUGUUAUAUUUUGUUUCGGCUAACCGAUUAAAUAAAGGGUAUAGA